AUAAUGGAAGGCCCGCCCAGCCAUUUUUCUUCGGUGUCGGGUACGAUGGACAUGCGCCAGCGUCUGCAGCAGUGGAAACAGGGCAAGGAAGGGUAAGAACGCCCAUCCGAACACAGAUCUCCCACCUCUGCCGCAUUCCAACCUCUGAUCUUACCUCCCAUGUGUGUAUGACGCAGGGAUCGCAGCCACACAGGUGCGCAGCGGCGAGAUCCGAGUGCAGGGCCAGCGCGGCUGAGGAGCGGAGUCGCGCCUCUUCGCCAGAAUGGUGGUGGUGUAGGGGGGCUGCGGACGAGUGGCAGUGCGGGCAAUCUAAGAGCCAUGGUGGGCAAGGACGCCAAGCGAGAUCAUGACAAUCGGACGCCCGGACGGGUGAGCUCAAGGCGCGACAUCUUUGCCAUGUUUGCAAUGAUGUUUUCUUGCUUCUUCUUUGCAGAUGUACCGUCCUGGUCUUCCCGAGCCGCCGUCCAAGACCCCCAAGGGGCUCAACCAGCUGCCCAUCCAGCGGCCUCUCAAGCCUGUAGCGCAGAUCGCGGGCAGCGGGGAGGGGCGGGUGGCCGAUGGAGGGAUGCAAGGAGGGACCGACGAGGGCAAUAGCAAACGGUGAGGAGAUCCGUCUAGAGAGAAAGAAGGACACAGUUGAUGGCUCACGGCUUGUGUGUGUGUGUGUGUGUGUUCAGUGUGUCGGCUGUGGCGUCGACGGCACGAGAGAUGGUGUUGAUAGACUUCUCCGAGAGUGAGCUGGAGUCGCUGCUGCAGCGGGUGGUGGAGGAAACGCUCGAGCGCAAGCUCAAGCCGGUGUACGACCUGCUGGCCGCCGUAGAGACCACCAUUCAGCAGCAGCAGGGGCAGCAGCAGGGGCAGCAGCAGGGGCAGCGGGGGGCGGAGGGGACACUGGCUAGUGGGGCGGCGGGCGUAGACAUAGCUAAGGAGAAGGAGGGUGGCAUAGAGAAAGAGGGGAACAGGGGGCCGAGGAUGAGCAUCGCCUCAACCAAGUCAGCACAUGACACCCCCAUCGACAGACAAUGUUCAUAUAAAACACAUCCAUUGUCCAUUUCCUCUCUCUGUUUCCCUCACUCGUUCAGGCCAGAGCCGUCCGUCAAGAGUAGCCAUACCGACACAGCCCCCAUCGCCACACAGACCACACUCAAGACCUCCCCUCCCCCUCCCCCUCCCCCACCCCCGCCCCAGCAGACCACAGAGAACAACACCAGCCUCCCGCCGCUCUGCCCCACAUCGACCGUCGACACGACAGUGGGUGUUGCUGCUGCUGACGGUGUUGGUUUUGGUUUUGGUGUUGGUGUUGGUGUUGGUAGUCGUCGGUCGCACAAUCCGCUGGCGUGGCUGGACGAGGAGGAGCUCGAGGGCACACCCCACCAGAUGAGGCUGGCCAAGCUCAUACAGGAGCAGGAGGACAGCGAGGAGGGAAAACUGGCGGACAAACAGGAUAGGUAUGUCGGCCGGUGGGGUGGGUAUGGGCCACUGUGGGGUGUGUGAUCUGUAUUUCUGUGUGUGUUCUGUCCUGCGUGUGUGUAUGCAGUGGUAUGUCUAAUACUGGUGGGGACGCCAUCGUCGUGUCCGAUACUACACCCGAAAGCCGCGUGUACACUGGCAGGUAUGUGUCCAUACACACAAGUGGCCAUUUGAGACAUGUCGAGAGUUCUGUACGCAGUCGCAUCAACGAGGUGGAUUCUGCUAAGUUGGCGGCGCUGCGUCGCGACGGCCCGCUAUCGGGCGGCCAUGGGGCGACGGUCACGGGGGAGGAGCUGGGGGUGGGGUUCUCGCCCCUCAGUGAGCGAGUGACGCCCCUCGGCCGCCACCCCGCCUCUGCAUCCAACAAGACAGGCAGCAAACCACACGAGCCCACGGUACGGUCGGCGUAUACGAGACACCCACUACACUGUCCUUCUGUGCAUCUGUGUCUCUGUGUGUGGUUUGUUUGUGUUGCAGAGCGAGCUUCUGAGCCGUGUGCAUGACCUGUUGCGGGACCGCAGACGCAGCCGUGAGGGCGGCCAGGGCAGCGACGCCCACUCGUCACCCCGCCCCAGCGACAGGGCCAACAACUGACCUACCCACAGCCACACAGACAGACAGACAGACAGACCGAUGGAUCGAUAAAUAGAUGGCCCAUGCAGGCAGACAGACAACAAUGGGAAGCGAUUGUAGCCGCACGUAGCUAUGGAGAGGUGUGGAGAGUUGGCUGACUGUGUGUCUGCUGCCUGCAACAUGCGAUGGGCUGCCUGUGUGUGAUAUGGCUGGACUCAUGCAGACAGCUGGUGUGCUGUGGUCAUUGAAAUAUUGAAAUGCUG